AUGGGCCGCACCUCCCGAGACAAGCGCGACAUCUACUACCGCCUCGCGAAGACGUCGAACUACCGCGCGCGCGCGGCCUUCAAGCUGCUGCAGCUCGACGCGACGCUCGGCAUCCUCUCCACCGCGACGACGCACGACAGACUCCGCGUCGCGGACCUGUGCGCGGCGCCGGGCGGCUGGUCGCAGGUCGUCGCGGAGCGCCGGCCCGGCGCGAGAGUCGUCGCCGUCGACCUCAAGCCCAUCGCGCCCAUCGCCGGCGUCGAGAUGGUGCUCGGCGACAUCACGGCCGCGGCGACGGCGCGCGAGGUCGUCGACGCGCUCGGCGGCGGCGCGGACGCGCGGCGCGGCGUCGUGCUCUGCGACGGCGCGCCGGACGUCAUCGGCCUCAACGACGUCGACGAGCACCUGCAGAACGAGCUCGCGCGCGCCGCCUCCGGACGUCGGGAACCGCCCUUCUUAGGCGGCUGCUUCGUGUCCAAGGUCUACCGGGGCCGCGACGCGACGGCGCUCCUCGAGUCGCUCCGCAAACACUUCCGGAGCGUCUUCGUCGCGAAACCGCGGUGCAGCCGUUCCGCGUCGCCGGAGGCGUUCGUCGUCUGCCGGGGCUUC